AUGCGGAAAGCUAAACUACAUGUAAAUCCAAAAAAAUGCUCCAUAGAGCAACCGCAGGUCGUCUACCUCGGCUAUGAAGUCUCCAAGGAAGGUUUCCAGCUACUGGCUGGAAAAGUAGAAGCCGUUAAGGCUUUUUCCAAACCGGACACGACAUCAGAGUUGUGCUGUUUCCUCGGCGUCAUCAAUUACUCCCUGGACACAACCACCAUUGCCGAGGCCCAGGACGCCGACGCUGAGUUGGAAACGCUCAAAAAUUUAGCGCUGCAGCUGAUGCAGCUCAGGAUGGAUAGGCAAGAUAUUUUCUGCGGCAGAGCGACGGCAAGGACCCUGGCACGCAAGGUCGUCUGGCCUGGCCUACGCAAGGACACCAUCGCUUGGGCUCACUCCUGCAAAGCCUGCCAACUCUUCAAAGAUGGCUGUCUCAAUCAAGCAGCACUUGGACGAUUUACAGAGAAUGCAGUACUGUUUAACAGUCAUCGACAGAUUCACGAGAUGGCCCAUGGCAGUCCCUUUGCCAAACGUGCAAGCAACUACAGUGACAAAGGCAUUCCUGGACAACUGGGUCAGUUUGUACGGCACUCCACUCUACAUCACGUCCGACCAGGGGCGCAAUUUGAGUCGGAGCUCUUUAUUGGACUCGCCAAAGCCAUAGGCGCACAACUGAUACACUUGACCUUAUACCACCCACAGUCGAACGACAUGGUGGAGAGGCUCCAUCGCACCUUGAAGGCUACCCUCUGGUGCUGCCCACAGUCCUGGUUAGAUUGCCUUCUCACAGUCAUGCUGGGAUUAAGAACGGCUUUUAAGGAGGACCUCGAGGCCUCACCAGCAGAAAUGCUUUACGGCACCACUCUGCGCAUACCAGGCGAGUUUCUCGUGUCUGAAUCAAUCCAGGUGGACAAGUCCAGCUUCGUCUCCAGCCUUCGCAGACUUUUCAGGGCUAUCCGUCCUGUACCAGCGUCAAGACACUCAACAGCACACCCUUACGUGCACAAAGACGUGGAGAAGUGCUCGCAUGUAUUUAAAAGAGUAGACAGUAUUAAAAAGCCGCUGGAACUGCCAUACACAGGUCCACACCAAGUCAUCAAGCGUACACAAAACAUGACAUAUGUAAUCGAAAUUAAUGGAGCGGAGAAGGUAGUGUCGGUUGACCAGCUGAAGCCUGCAUAUAUUGAACCCACGGAGCCUGGCUAUGCGAACCUGACUACCCAACAGCAGCCUCCAGCAACAGAAUCACCUCAACAAAACCAACAUCAACAACAUGCACAACAACAGCCUCCAGCUUCGGAUCCACCACCAGAAGCCACCAGCCCGGAAUCUUCAGUGCACAUAAAAGACGCACAUAAAUAUGUUACAUUCCCUCCGCUUCUUGCAAAGGUCACUGGAGGGGAAGUGGUUGUAGCGUCUCAGACCAGCCCGCCGACGAUAUGCCAUCGUCGCAAGCAAGCGCUGGUGCCGAGGGAGGACCUUGACUAG